AUGGUUAGUUGCAUUUGUGCUCAAAUCGGGAUAGUGGCGGUCUUGGAUUACGCCUUGGAUUACAAUAUAAACGCAGAAAAUGUUCCACUAAGUCAAUCUGUCCAGAUGCACGCAUGUGCGGGUUUCCCAUCCAUCUGCACACAUCUGUUCUGUUAUGUGACUCGGAAACGUGGGCAGACGCGGGAAACUGCUCUUCCGGAACUGAACUUCUCCAGAUUUCUUCUUCUAUCCACCGAUUCCUUUGCAAACCGUCAGUCAUCCAAGGCCGCCACUAUUUAUUUAUGCGUCCGCAUUUCCUCGCGAUUAUGCAUGUUUUGACGGCUAACCAACCAAACCAUCCGACCAGCAGACGAAGACGAUGUGCAAUUGCGCGUGCGCGUGUCUGCAGACAUGGGAACCUUCUCGGCGCGCUGUUCCCAUUUUUCAAAUCUGCGGCGCUCCGAACUGCCUUCACGGCUUCAUCUUGACGUCUCAAACUCAUUUCUUCUUUCAGACCGAUCGAGAAUCAAUGGAAUUCAGCGAUUUUCGCGUGGUCACCUCUAGCUCAGUGUACCGAAAGGGCUCGACGGCCAGCGGAUUAAUCUCUUCGGGUGGACAGAGCAACAGAUGUCGAUACACACUUGGAGAAGUAUAUACCCUUUCCUGCUUUUUUUUGCAAAUUCGUUGUUUAGGUUUCAUCAACAAACAUUACUUUGGAUGUGAACGUAGGCGCCGGAUGGACGAGAAUACGACUGAGAGAAGUGCCCAAAUUCAUUGUCCACGCCUUCAACAUGAUCACAAAGUUUGGAAUGGAAGUGGACGGAAUCUUUCGGAAAGAAGGCAACUCUGCUCGUUUGAACCGUGCCGAAGUGCAAAAUAUUUACAAAGGAGAGUGUGACAUUCCGAACGACUACACAGUCAUCGACGUGUGUACGCUGGUCAAAAGGUUCCUGCGCGACCUGAAACCGCCGCUGCUCGACUCGGACGAGUUCCGUCAGAGACUGCUCAAGAAGGCGUGCCAGUCAAGAAUUUCCAACUGUUUUGUUCUGACUCGGGACGAAAUGGCAGAUAUGAGCUACUCGGAACACAUCUCGAGAGAUUGGCAGGAAUCUCUUCUCUCGGAUAUUCAUUUUUCGACACUCGGUUACGUAAUGAGACAAUUGAGCAGAGUGGGUCGUCUCAAUUGAAAAGUACCCUUCAUACUCAAAUUAUAGAUUGCUGCGCAUUCUGAUCAGCACAAGAUGUCAAUUGAAAAUUUGGCAGUGGUGCUUGUCGGAAGUGUCUUCGGAGACGGAAUUCAUACUUCAAAGAAAAGUGGACAAAUUAGAAGAGGGUCACAGGACGACAUUUUGGCGCAGAAGAAGCAGGAUAUGAAUGUGCACGUGGCUGCAGUCAAACUUUUGAUAACCAAUGUUAUUCAUUUUAUUUUGGAAUCGCAAUUAAAUACUUUACAUUUUUCAGGCCAAUCUUAUUGGAAUUCGUCGUGAUCCAUACGUGACGAGUGGUGCGGGCGGCCCAAUGCCUCGAAGUUCAAGUGCCAUGCCACGUUGCAGUAGUGGAUACGAAACGGCCUCUUCCGACGCUGACGGCAACUCCAUAAAAACCGCGUCAAUACUGAAAAGCGGCGAUGUGCAGGGACAUUCAACGUCUUCGUCUAUUUAUCGAAGAGACUCGGAAGCCGCGCACAAAAUAGUGACGGCUCGAAAAAAGAACGAUCAGAUGGCAAAGAAAAAACGAUCCGCCUCCUUCCUGCCCAGCUUCCGUGAUAUUCGUCAUCGCCUGACCAACAUGAAAAGGGCAAAGAGUCCGAGUCCGGAACGAUUGACGACCGGGCACACGUCCGAACAGUUCAAGACGACGGACACGACGAGCUCGUCGGAUCAGAACUGCGAGCCUCAACACGAUCUGCUUCAUCGAAAGAAGGUGGCGCGCAAUGAGUCGAGCACCAUGUCGACGGGAUCCACGGCAUCCGGAAGACAAUCCCGCAGCCAACAAUCGAGGAGGGGAAAUACGAAUGCGGCGCCGAGAAUGGGUUCGGACCACAGAAGUGCAAAGCCGACGAUUGCGAAAUUGUUCGAAACCUCUGAUUUCGCGUCAAACGUGAGCAACGGAGCACUACGAAGGCUGUCGGCCAGCGACCAGAAUGCGGAUGCGAUGCGAUUUGCGAGAUUGCGUUCGUCGAACGAACAAAUAAGUGCAGCAGGUUGCGAGAGAAGGCCGAAUCAAAUGAUUGAUAAGCAUUCAUUUUCAGAGUUUCUGAUGUCAGAACAUGAAAAGGAAAAACAUUCGAGACUGCAGAAGCGAAAUACUAUGGUUCUUGGGGAGAACGCGAAGAGCUCAAGUGUGAAGCAUACGAAUCGUCGGCACACCGCUCCAAUCAACAACAACAGACUACGUCGGAAUCGUCCGAAUACUGUCGGCGCGGGACUGCCUCAUCAGAAGAAGGAGACGCUGAUUACGAGUUCGUCGAUGGAGGAGAAAGAAAAUCAUGCGGAUUGUGAAACUGACGACACUGUGGAGCAAGCGAUACUGUUGGACCAGUCGGAGAUGCUGCUCGAGCAGAAAGCGAUAGAAGCUCGUUCUCGGAGAGCCGGCAGAAAACAACAGAAGACGACGGUUCGGACUGUGAGCACGGAAAGUAUGAUGGUGCUGAAUGGGUCAAUGGCGACGGAGAUGGUAGCGAGCUCAUCGAAGAAAGAAGUGUUGGGUGCAGUGAAGGAAGAGUCGCCGAAGAAGGCGCCAGAACAGGUGACGCUGCGAAAGGACAUUGAGGAAAUGAAACAGAAACAUUUCUGCGACAUGGCCACUUCCCCCAUGGUCAUUGACACUCCGAAAGUGAGUUGGAAUACUUCUUUGUGCUCUUAAGAGUUUAGUUUUUUUCAGGAAAUGUUGACGCACGAAAAUGGUCAUGUGUGGGUAGGAACGAAGCAGGUGAUUACUGUGACGCCGUCGCCGAGCCUGGCCAGAAGACAGAGUCGUGCUCGUUUGUCGUAUUCGAAAGCUACGGAGUCUCCGAUUGACAUGCCGUCUCGACCGAGAGAAUCGAGCCCUUUGAUGUCUCCCGUUCUGAAGCACAUGACGGUGAACAAUAACUCACCACCUUCGCAAAUGAUAACGACGUCUCCAAGGUAUCUAAAAUGAAAUAGAAAACAUAGGAAACGUAAUGAAUUGCAGAAACAGCCUGACUCCGAAGUCGCACGUUCUCUCUCCACUGGUCCUAAAAAUGGAACACACUCCCCCACCGAUCCCUCCGCAUUCCCCCCCGAACUUCACUCCUCAAACUUCGAGAGUUUCGCUGGAGGCGGCUGCCGAUCUGAAGAGAAUCUCUCUUUCGGGUGUAGAGCAGAGGCGUCGUCCGCCCACGCCGCCAUCUCAUCCGAGAUUGUCUAAUCCGUUCUCGCCCAAAUUGCCGAUUCGUUCGGUCACAAUCGACAAUGGUUACGAGCUGCCUGUCUUGGAAGCACCUUCUGGUCUCUUCAAACUGCCUCAGUUGCCAAAAAAGAUCAGUGCGACGUCAAGUGCUCAGCUUUGCCCGCCGCUGACCCGCCAGCAACAGUCUGUGUCGACGUUGUCGGUGCCGAACCGUGCAAAUCUUCGUGAGACGAAGAGCAUCGACACAGCUGAUACGGCGCCACUCCGUUCGGCGCCUUUGACGUCUUCCUAUCACGCUGGUCAAAUGUCACCGCAAUCGAACGAUUAUUUCGAGUUUGGGAAGUACACAAAUAUUCUACGAUCAUCUAAAGACGAAUUUGUGAGUAAACAAACAGUCGACCUUUCGUUCAUGAAAUUACAUAAAUUUCAGGCAUUGCCAAGCAGGAAGCAGUGUGUUGAUAUGCGGCCGUCAGUGGCCAUAAUCCGAAACAAUAACUGUGGAUUGGUCCGUUCAAGAGUGAAUCAUUUCCAGGUGAGAACCGUCACUUUUUUCAUUUUCAUAGAGUUGAUGUUUUCCAGGAGAUUGAACAAAUGCAACGGAACGAGACGUCGAUGAGUGGCAGAACUUCAGCCAUGUCGCAACUAUCGUUGAAAAGCAACGACACUCAGCCAUCGUCGGAUCGUUUCUCCGACGUCUCCGACUCUCGGAACAUUCUGAAUUCGUCGGAAUCGAUGGAUUCUCCGCCGACGCCGACACUGACUUCACGAGUCUCGUACGACCCGGUGCACCAUUUCUAA